CCGGGAAGAAAACCCCACCAUUUAUUUCUUCUCUAUAUUCCUCACCUUCUCAAAAAUCUACUUGAAUCUAAUCUCUACAAGAAUUUGGUGGUAGAUUGAUACCAGUAGAGUACUGGAGGUAAGGAAUUCAAGGGGAAAGGGAAGAUACUAGCUUGAAGCAAGCAUUUUGGAUAUUCUUUUGGAGUGAAUUAGAUUGUUUGAACAUCCACUCUGUUCUUGGGAAUGGCGGAACAGCAGCAACUAGAGCCAUGGACCGACCUCAACGGCAAAGUGGUGAUGGUAACGGGGGCAUCUUCCGGCUUAGGUCGUGACUUUUGUCUUGACUUGGCUAAUGCUGGCUGUCGUAUCGUUGCUGCCGCACGCCGUGUUGAUCGCCUUAAAUCCCUCUGUGAUGAUAUCAAUUGCCUCAGCUUUCCUGAACCCCAGUCUAGUGGUCCUCGAGCUGUUGCCGUAGAGCUUGAUGUAUGUGCUGAUGGAGCCACCAUACAGAGCUCUGUGAAAGCAGCUUGGGAUGCCUUUGGGAGGAUCGAUGCUUUAAUAAACAAUGCUGGCAUUAGAGGUCAGGUGAAGGAUCCUUUGGAAUUGUCCGAGGAGGAAUGGAAUCAGAAUAUUAGAACCAAUUUAACAGGGUCUUGGUUGGUGUCAAAGUAUGUUGCGAGGCACAUGCGCGAUGCAAAUCAAGGAGGAUCCAUAAUCAACAUAUCUUCCAUUGCUGGUCUUAACCGUGGGCAACUACCCGGAGGCCUGGCUUACGCUUCCUCAAAAGCAGCCCUAAACACCAUGACAAAGACCAUGGCCAUGGAACUCGGGAUGCAUAAAAUCCGAGUGAACUCGAUAUCACCUGGGCUUUUCAAAUCGGAGAUCACAAAAGACCUUAUGAAGAAGGACUGGUUAACAACUGUGGCUGAAAAAACGGUGCCGUUAAGAACAUUUGGAACAGCGGAUCCGGCUUUAACCUCGCUAGUGAAAUAUUUGAUCUAUGAUUCUUCGGAGUACGUAACAGGUAAUAUAUUCAUCGUUGAUGCUGGGGCUACCUUACCAGGUGUUCCCAUAUUUUCUUCGCUUUGAGGAUAGUAGGAGAAUAGUAAAACAAGGAUGGAAGGGAUGUUUUCCGUCUUAUAAUAAGAUUUGUUGCAUAAAAUUCUAGUAUAAACUGGAUAUUUAGUAUCUGAA